UUUCUUCCUUUGCGGACCCCCUUCAUAUAUAGUAGUAGUGAUGAGAGAGGCCCCAAAAAAUCACAGUAGAACGCAGCAAAAUUGAGAGAUCCCCGAUUUCUGAGAUCCGAUUGUUGUGACAGGGUUGUUUCUGAAGUAUUGGAAGAUUGAAGUGAAGUGUGCCGAAGAUGCAGUUUAUACAACUUGAUGAAGGGUUGGUGAUUAUAGAAGAGGCGUUUCAGAAAGCAAAGAGGAUUGUGGAAGGAUACCCUGACACAAAGUUCACCUCUGAAGAAUAUAUGAAGUUCCAUGCAUGUGUUUAUACUUUGUGCUAUAAACCUGGGGAUGACAACAAGGCGUUGCUCCACGAAAAAUUUAAGAAGAGCUUGGAAGAGACCAUUAAUUCCACGGUACUGCCAUCUUUAGCAGCCAAAGAAAAUGAACUUCUGUUGAGGGAACUUGUGCUGAUGUGGUCAAAUUACAAGUUAAUGGCUAAGUGGUUAUGUAGAUUCUUUGAAUAUCUUGACCGCUAUUAUAGCAGUUUUUGUUGUGGUGUUUCACUUGGUGAGACCUCGAUUGAUUGCUUCCGCAGUAUGGUCUUCAACGUGUUGCAUAGUAGAAUUCAGGCAGCAGCAAUGUCUUUGAUUAAUGAAGAGCGUCAUGGGAAGCAGAUUGAUCCAAAGCUGCUGCAAGAUGUCAUGAGUAUCUUUAUGGAAAUUGGCGAAAACAGAUCAACAUCAUAUUAUGAAAACUUUGUACAGGCUAUGCUUGAAGAAACUGCCACUUUCUACUCCCAAUCAUCUUCUCAGUGGGUGGUUUAUGACUCGUUGACCGAUUAUAUUCAGAAGGUGAACUGGUGCAUAAUGCAGGAAAAAGAAAGAGCUGGCCACUAUCUACAUCCCACAUCCGUGAUAAAAUUAAUACAGGUUUUGCAAUGCCAGUUGCUGGAUAUGAACGCACUUAAAUUGGUUGAAAAGCUACAGUCUCAGAACUCCAGUCAACUGGAUUAUCAGGAGAUAUUGUCAAAAUGUGCCUGCUUAAGUCUCGGAGAGGAAAGCUCUGCACCAACUCUCGCGGAACAUCUUUCUGCUUUAAUGGCAAAAUCAGCUCAUAUUCAUUGAGUUUGUUCAGAAUGACUAGGAUACGGGUAGAACCGUAGAAGCACUGAUAUUAUGGGGAGAGGGCAAACAACCCCUAUUCAUUUGUCAGAUGUAGAAUGGUUUUAUGAAACUUUUGAUCUUGGAAUAAAUUAUAGCUCUCCUUAAUCAAAUGACAACGGUAACAGCAA